UGAUUAGUUCACAUCUUGUUUUAAUUGCUUAAAUACUUAAAUUUGAUUAUUUUAUUUUGAAAAUUAUGACAUUAUUUAACUUAAGGUUGUCAUUAAUUUUGAUUAUUUGUGUUCAGCUAGUGAAAGCACCUUUACCAUCAAUAUUUCCGGUAUGUUUUCGCAAUGAUCCAGAAAUAAGCGACUGCAUCGUCCAGUCUGUAACAGUUCUUCAACCAAGAUUAAUAACUGGCGACCUCGGAGAUGGAUACUUAAUUCCAACAACAGAUCCGUUUGAUAUUCCUAAAUUAACAUUUGGAAGCGAAAGAGACUUCAAGACGACUUUAACUAAGCUUCAGUUAAGAGGAAUGAGCAACUUUAGUAUCGUUAAACUUAAAGCUGAUAUCGAAAAACUGAAAUUCAGCAUGAUUUUGUCAUUUCCACGUCUAAAUUUAUCAGCAAACUAUCAAAUGGUCUUUGGACUGUUCGGAUCUCCACUUUACAGCAAUGGACAAAUGUUUGAAAAGCUAGAAAACACCAGAAUUGGACUCAGAAUGAAGGCAAAGCUGUAUACAAAAAAUGGUGAAAAAUACAUGAGAUUUGAUCCAUUUUACUUCAAAAUUCUCCAAAGUGAUGUGAAAAAUUUAAGGUUGACAAAUUUAUUUCCAAAUACAUUAUUUAUUGGACCUGUAGUUUACUCAUAUUUCUCGGAUAAUAAGGAAUACAUCACACGUGCAAUUUAUCCAGAUUUUGAGAAAACAUUUUCGCAAACUUUUACAAGAAUGGCAAAUGAGCUAGCGACGUCGGCUAGUUUUGAUGAGCUGUUUCCUAUUUAAGGUUUUUAUUUUUUUGCAAACUUAUUUUUAAAAGUUAAAAAAUAGGUUUUAGACUGCAAUAAUUUAGGAUUUCAUAAGAUUAAAUUUGAGAAAUUGAAAAGCAA